AUGCAUGCUCACACGAAGACCCUGAGCACAUCGAGUAUCACACCAGCCCUGACCGACCGCGAAAUCCCCGUUUCACCACGAUAUACAUAUGCUCGGCAACGCUCGCUGCUCACAAUCCCCCCUGGUUAUCGCGUCACCAUUCGAAUUAUCACGGUGUUGCUCGCCAUUGGCGUCGGAGCAGCCCUGGUGUACACAAUCAUCAUAAAAAAUGCCACAGAAGAAUCUCGAUUUCUGGAUGCGGAGGGAAACAACCGACCCGCUUGGCCACCGAUAAUAUGGACGCAGCCGACGAUCGUCCUACUGACCGCAGCUGGCUAUUCCUGCCUGUUUGACUUGACCGCUUUGGUUAUGACGUGUGCAGAGAUACAUCGUAGUGAGCUCUGGGCCAUCUGGCUUGAAUCGUCAGCUUUCACCGUCUCAAUCGCUGUGUGGAUUGCUGGUUUGGCCUAUGCCAAAACAUGGAACAGCCCCGAUUCCUCAUCGUCCGAUCUGUGGUCCUGGUCUUGCAGUCAUCAAGGCAUCCACUUGAACUAUGGAAAUGAUAGUGUUGAAUUUAAGUCGCUCUGUCGAUACAUGGACUUCGUCUUCUGCGGGGGAAUUGUAGUUUGCGCAUUGCAGUUCGUCAAUAUGGUGCUAUUCUGGAUUGUUCGGAAUGGAGAAAGAGUUCAGAAGGAGAUAUCAAAGCGUAAUGCAUAUGCCAGAAAACAUAUUUUGGGAAGCCAGGAUACAGUUGGCCAGGAUGAAUAG